GCGAUCAUGGAAGUUGUGAUAUGGGUUCCACCGUGCAUGUGGUGUAAGCUUGGUCCAAAAGUCCAAACCCCACAUCACCAUCGUCCAUGUGUAAAGCAUCUGUGCAUUUUUCAGUGUCCUACACUUUAGAGAUAAGCAUGAAAAGGGGGGGAAAAAAAGAGCUGGUUCUUUGAACUUCCUUGCAGACACAUAUAUGUCGAUGGGUAAUUAAGAGAUUCGUUUGUGUGUUUCUAAAUUAAAGGUUUGACAAUGUAGUUUGGAGCAGCGUGGCACCUCCGGCCAAUCAUUCCAAUUCUGUGGGUGAUGGGUAUUGGCUUCUGAUAUGUAUCUGUGAGGAUUUGAGGAAGCUUCCCGUUUGUGAGUUUCAGAAGACUUUAGCACAAAGACAGAGGAUAAGGACAAGAUGUUUUGAGAUUGUAUUCGCGUGAACAGUAUCCAUUACCGACACCCCUGCCGCCACCCUCUACCACCGUAUCACAAACUGCCAUGUGCCCUUUUCUUAGUUCUCUCUCCACCAUUUGUGGGCUUCCCUUCAUUUUCGGGUCUUUUGUUUCUCCUGCAAACAUUGAAGUUAUGAUCCAACCCUAAAUUCAUGCGCUGAAAGUGGGUUUGUACAGCUUCUUCCUUGGUUUGUUUUUAUGAUAUCCCACAUGGUUGGAAUCAAGGAGAAGUUGUAUAUAAAUGGUGACAAAUGGUAUAUAUAGAGUCGAUGGGAGAGCUUGACCCCACUUGCGAUACUCCUCAAUAAAAUACUGGGAAAGAUACUGAAGAUUUUGCUUAUAACUGGGAAUUUUUUUAUUUGAUAGAGAUGCGAUGCGAUGAGAGGUCCAUCCCCAUUAAAAUUCUUCCACAAAGGGUUAUCUCCAACUCCUCCCAGUUCCAGUCCUACUCAUCUCAACUAUCUACUGAACACAGCCAUUCAAACCAGAAGCCUCAAGCAUGCUACCCAAAUUCAUACUCAAAUCAUCAUAAACAACUAUACAUCCCUGCCUUUUCUUUUCAACAACCUCAUCAACUUAUAUGCGAAAUGUGGGUGUCUCAAUCAAGCCCUCCUUCUCUUCUCAAUCACCCAUCACCAUUUCAAGACUAUUGUCACUUGGACAUCUCUUAUCACCCACUUAUCUCAUUUCAACAUGCACCUCCAAGCCUUAUCCCUUUUCAACCAAAUGAGGUGCUCUGGUCCCUACCCCAAUCAAUUCACCUUCUCUUCAAUUCUAUCCGCUUCUGCCGCCACCAUGAUGGUUCUGCAUGGUCAACAGCUGCAUUCUUUGAUCCAUAAACAUGGGUUUGACGCGAAUAUCUUUGUUGGCACCGCUUUGGUUGACAUGUAUGCCAAGUGUGCUGACAUGCACUCCGCAGUGAGAGUGUUUGAUCAAAUGCCUGAGAGAAACCUUGUUUCCUGGAAUUCUAUGAUUGUCGGGUUCUUUCAUAACAACUUGUAUGAUAGGGCAGUUGGGCUUUUCAAGGACGUUCUUAGGGAGAAAACGGUCAUUCCCAAUGAAGUAAGUGUUUCUAGUGUGUUGAGUGCUUGUGCCAACAUGGGGGGCUUGAAUUUUGGGAGACAGGUUCACGGGGUUGUCGUUAAGUAUGGUUUGGUUCCUUUAACUUAUGUGAUGAAUUCGCUGAUGGAUAUGUACUUUAAAUGUAGGUUCUUUGAUGAAGGUGUCAAGCUGUUUCAGUGUGUGGGGGAUAGAGAUGUUGUAACAUGGAAUGUACUGGUUAUGGGGUUUGUCCAAAAUGAAAAAUUUGAAGAAGCGUGCAAUUAUUUUUGGGUCAUGAGGAGGGAAGGGAUUUUACCUGAUGAGGCCUCAUUCUCUACUGUUCUUCAUUCUUCCGCUAGUCUGGCUGCAUUACAUCAAGGCACUGCAAUCCAUGAUCAGAUAAUAAAAUUAGGGUAUGUGAAGAAUAUGUGCGUUUUGGGAUCUUUAAUUACAAUGUAUGCAAAAUGUGGGAGCCUGGUUGAUGCUUAUCAAGUCUUUGAAGGGAUUGAGGAUCACAAUGUGAUCAGUUGGACAGCCAUGAUCUCAGCUUACCAGCUGCAUGGCUGUGCAAACCAAGUGAUUGAAUUGUUUGAGCAUAUGCUAAGUGAGGGGAUUGAACCGAGUCAUGUUACUUUUGUCUGUGUUCUAUCAGCUUGUAGCCAUACUGGGCGUGUUGAAGAGGGACUUGCUCACUUCAAUUCCAUGAAGAAAAUUCAUGAUAUGAACCCUGGGCCCGAACACUACGCCUGCAUGGUUGACUUGCUUGGUCGUGCUGGUUGGUUGGAUGAAGCUAAGAGGUUUAUAGAAUCAAUGCCAAUGAAGCCCACCCCAUCCGUCUGGGGAGCUCUGCUUGGGGCUUGCAGGAAAUACGGCAAUCUGAAAAUGGGAAGAGAAGCUGCAGAGAGACUUUUUGAGAUGGAGCCAUAUAAUCCGGGAAACUACGUGCUGCUUGCUAACAUGUGCACACGCAGUGGAAGGCUGGAAGAAGCUAAUGAGGUGAGGAGAUUGAUGGGUGUCAAUGGGGUAAGAAAGGAACCUGGCUGUAGCUGGAUUGAUGUUAAGAACAUGACAUUUGUGUUCACUGCACAUGAUAGAUCACAUUCAAGUUCGGAUGAGAUCUAUAAGAUGCUAGAGAAGUUGGAGAAAUUGGAGAAAUUGGUGAAGAAGAAAGGGUAUGUGGCUGAAACUGAAUUUGUCACUAACCAUCUGGAAGAGAACGAGGAGGAGCAGGGCUUGUGGUAUCACAGUGAGAAACUAGCCCUUGCAUUUGGACUACUAACCCUUCCUAUCGAUUCUCCAAUUAGAAUAAAGAAGAACCUGAGGACUUGUGGUCAUUGUCAUACAGUUAUGAAACUUGCUUCAAAGAUUUUUGACAGAGAGAUUAUUGUCAGGGAUAUCAAUCGGUUCCACCGGUUUGCAGAUGGUUUUUGUUCCUGUGGAGAUUACUGGUGACUAGACUCAGCAUAAUUUGAUGAGUCCCAAACACCAUUUUGGAAGCCUCUCUUUUUUCAUUUUCCUUUUUAAUCGAAGUUAACAUUAUUUUAAAAAAAAAUGUCAAAAUAAUGUCACCCUUAGCAGUUUUGUAUUUUUUGAGCUGCCUAACCGAAUUUCUUCUGUAACAUUAUUAUCAAAUCUUGAGAAAUCUUCUUUAAAGGAAGCUAGAGUUCUGGCUUAGACUAGCACACUUAGACUAGCACAUCCAAUUUUCCUGUUUGCAAACCUUUGAAUUUACUUGUCUUUUACAUUGUCAUUGUUGCCAAUAGGCAUCUUAUUUGUAUAUUUAUUAUACCUCUUGCACUGUUUCCCACUCUUCAUAACCCCACUCUUUCUUCUUAAGGUAAGUAAGAUAAAGGGCCAGGCAUGGUGGGGUAGGAGCAUCCUGUUGACAGUCUUUUUGGCUUGACCAAGAAGUUUUAUGUCCUCUGAUCACUGUUCUUUGUUUUUGAAUUUUUAAUAAGGGGAUCCAAAAUGCAUCAUAUGCUAAUUGGUCUAUGAGAUAUUCUAUCAUUGACCAUUAGUAUCUGAGCUGUGAAAUUGUGAUAAAAUUGUUAUGAACUGUUUGAUGAACUCUAUACUAAAGCCAGGAGGAUAUGAGGAAUUCUCAUCAAAGAUUUGAGUGCAUAUUCAUGAUAAUUACUUUGCUAAUCCAGUGGAGUUCCAAAGGCAUGCACAAGAGAUUACUUGAUAAAUGUUGAAGCCUAUGAAAGCAUUCUGCAAUAAAUUAAGAAUGCAUCUCCUCAAAUUGCUUCCAUCAGAUCCUAACUUAUUGGCAGCUAGUUGCUAAGAAACCCCAGAACCAGGAAAACUGUGGAUGCUGUGCAACAGUACUUCAAAUAGAAUUAGGACAGAAGGUUAGAAGUAACAAAAAUUGACUAUGAGCAAAGAGAUUUCAGAAGUUUAAUGUUCUUACCGCAGGCCACUGAGGAGAUUUUUCUCCAAGCAGCAUCUUUCUAUCACAAAAUGGGUCCCAAGUUCCUGUAUGUGGAAUGAAGUGAUCAUUAGGUCAUCCCCGAGCUCAUCAUAACCAAAAGGAGGAAACAGUUUUAAAAAACCCAAUAGAACAGUUCUUGUGGAUGGGACGUGCAAGCAGAAUUCUCUAUAUCCUUAAUUAAGUUGCAGUGCCCAGUAAUGAUUGUUUUGGAAUCUCUGCAAAGCUGUCUUUUGGAAUUUCCUUUUUGCCUUUUGUCUGUCCCUUUUGAUUCUCCUGGGUGUAGCUAGGGGCUGUGGAGUCAUCCAUCUGAUAACCAUGGCCUAUUAUUGAAGACAAAGGUGCAUGAACUUGGACAUUGCUACUACUAUCUGAUGAGAGUAUGCUGCCUUGGAAGGACGGUUGCUAUUAUUAUCUGAUGAGGGUGAACUGGUGAAGCUGUCUCUGCAGAAACUUUCUAUCCCUGUAUAUCCUUUCAGAAACAUAGAUUGCAUGCAUGCAUGUAGUGCUCAAUGCGUAAGAGGAUUCUGUUCUGAAAUAAUUGGUGAAUUUUAUCAAGGGGAAUCACUGUUACAAUAUGGCAGCUGUUCCUUCUUAAGUUGCUUUCAUAAAGGAAACAACCUAUUUAUUGCCUGUCCACAGAAGUGCAACUCAUAAACCUCUCUGGUGAGAAAAGUAAUUACUCUUUUUUUCAUUCGAUGACAUUGCAAUAAUGAUGCCGACAUGGUCUCAUUAAAGCCAGAUUUCUCUAAGGUUGAUGCAACACAGUUGAGCUAUCUCAUCACAAGCUUGGGCAGGUCUCAGGCUUUACUUUAAUGUGUCGUGUAGACUUUGUAUGGGCAAACCUCCCCAGAACCACCACCACUAACACCCCUUGAGUUCCCAUAUCACAAAUUUAUGAAAAUAUCCAUUUGAAGAACAUGAGUCCUCUCUACUGUUGAAAUAACGCCCAUGUGACUCUAUUACCUGCCACACGCAUGUUUAUUUCAAAAGUUAUGCUGCCCUGAUCUCUGUCAUUCUGAGUUUAGUAAAAUCUUUAAACCUGAAUUUCAUAAAAUCAUGGGCAGAAGUAAUAUUAUAAUCAAUUGAAUCAUUUGAGGCCCAUUAAUGAACUUGCAAAAUGGAAAUUAUUUUUUUCCUAUCAGUGCUCCAUGUUUUGAUGUUUGCACUCCUGUUCAAGUCCUGUGGGAUGUAAACAUAAAAGGAGUGGAGGUAGCUGAACAUAUGUACAUGGUUUGGAGCAAGGGCGUACCAAUCAUUAUGUUAUUAAAAAACAGUGCUAUUAUUUGAAUUAUUACAGAUUGAACAUGAUUUUCAGGGACACAAGAAAUUGUAUUGAAUACUAGAUAUUGUUGGUAGCACCUAAAGACAAGAGAAAAGAUGAAGACAGGUUGGUGGUAGAUAACAGCACCCUGGCCCCUGUGCUUCUGCUCCACUUACAGAGCAAUUUAAGUUUUCUAGCCUAAAAAAUGUCUGUCCAUGUUAGAUGGGUCUAUCAGUCAUGUGCAGAUUGCAGGGGAGCAGAGACAAUGGUCUGCAGAAAUUGUUAGUACUGAGAAAGCAUGAUUCAUGCUUGGUCCAAUAAAAAGGCUCCGCGGCCAAGACGAGCACUAAUUUAAGUGAGGUGAGUCCUACCUCCAUUAUCCCAUAGGGGCUCACCUCCAUUAAUUUACAAUAUCCUCUCUUCUUCCCACAUCUCUGUAUGAGACACUGUAUAUUUCCCUUUUUUAAUCUAGUAUCCCUUCUGUGUCUGAUAUAUUUUACAUGGGAUCAUCAGGUCAAUGCCAACUUUCUCAGGAAAAUUAUUUCUUUUGUUUCUUUUA